GCUCCGCCUAUUCCUCUGUGGAUUUCCAGGGUUUGGCUGUAUCCGUUUGUCUGAUUCCGGCCUUGUGUGAAAAUGCCCUUCCUCGAGCUGGAGAGUAACCUGCCAGCAAGCCAGUUCUCCGACCAACUGCUCAGCAAGCUGUGCUGUGCAGCCGCCAGUAUACUGGACAAGCCCAAAGAGAGAAUUAAUGUGACCGUGAAACCAGGCAUGCUAAUGGCCAUUGGAGGCAGCACAGCCCCCUGUGCCCAACUGGUUGUGUCUUCCAUCGGUGUGGUGGGCACAGCUGAGCAGAACAAGCAACACAGUGCCAAGUUAUUUGAGUUCCUCUCAAAAGAGUUGGGUCUAGCCCCAGACAGGAUCCUGAUUCGAUUUUACCCUAUAGAAAAGUGGCAGAUAGGGAAAAAUGGGACUGUCAUGACCUUUCUGUAAAUAAACUCCGGACUGAAAUCUUGUGUGUUGACACAUACAUGUUUGUUCAAAUAUGUCUUGUACCACCAGCUGUGUUAUUGAAUGUGACACAACAGUGCCUAACAUUAAACAAUUCCAAUAAUGCA